AUGGCAGACCAACACGAUGUUGAUCUGGACUCCAUCAUCGAUCGUCUCUUGGAGGUCCGUGGCAGCCGCCCGGGCAAGCAGGUCCAGCUGCUUGAGACUGAGAUAAGAUACUUGUGUACCAAGGCCAGAGAGAUCUUCAUUAGCCAGCCCAUCCUGCUUGAGCUUGAGGCACCCAUCAAGAUUAUUCGAGUAUGGUGGCUUCCCCCCGAGGCCAACUACCUCUUCCUUGGUGAUUAUGUCGACAGAGGCAAGCAGUCUCUCGAGACCAUCUGUCUCCUGUUAGCGUACAAGAUCAAGUACCCAGAGAACUUCUUCGUUCUGCGUGGCAACCACGAAUGUGCCUCCAUCAACCGUAUCUAUGGCUUCUACGACGAGUGCAAGCGCCGCUACAAUAUCAAGCUCUGGAAGACAUUUACGGACUGCUUCAACUGUCUGCCUAUUGCAGCCAUCAUUGACGAGAAGAUCUUCACCAUGCACGGUGGUCUCAGCCCUGAUCUUAACUCCAUGGAGCAGAUCCGACGUGUCAUGCGCCCGACAGAUAUCCCCGACUGCGGUCUGCUUUGCGACUUGUUGUGGUCUGAUCCCGACAAGGACAUAACUGGCUGGUCAGAGAAUGACCGUGGUGUGUCCUUCACCUUCGGACCCGACGUUGUCUCGCGCUUCUUGCAAAAGCACGACAUGGACCUGAUCUGCCGUGCCCAUCAAGUGGUUGAGGACGGAUACGAAUUCUUCUCCAAGCGGCAACUGGUCACUCUCUUCAGUGCACCCAACUACUGUGGCGAGUUCGACAACGCCGGUGCCAUGAUGAGUGUUGACGAGAGUCUGCUGUGUUCCUUCCAGAUUCUCAAGCCAGCCGAGAAGAAGCAGAAGUAUGUCCAAGGCCGCUUAAUAGGCAGUAGUCCCGCAACCCCCAGAAAGCAAUCCAAACCCUAAGUGAGAAUUCAUGCCAACAAAAAAUUUUUCCAUCUAGGUUCGGUCGGCGAUAGACAGCUGCUACUCACUGAGCACUCCGAGCGCCCUUGUUCUUGACCAUGGGAACUCUUCCUAGCAUGGUUACUUGCGGUUCUCGAGCUUGGAACCUCUCUUCG